AUGAAUCCGCCUGCCGCACCCCUAUCGCGUCCUCGCCGGCCGGCGGCACAGAAAGCUCUCAAUAUGAUCCACAACACUUACAGCGUUGGCACCAAAAGACCGAGGAACACAUCCACUCACCAGACAAAUAAAGCGCAGAAACGCAAGCGUGAUCACACGCCAUCUCAACCCCCUUCACAAGAAGAUAUCGUUUAUGUCGAUGAAAUAGAACACCGAAUUUUGGCCGAAGCUCGUGGAAUCACGAGGAAGAACAUCCCCUAUGAUACAUUCCGUUCGACCUUUCUGAGCCGCUUCAAACACAAAGACAAACGACCUCAGCUCAACAUCCAAGACAUUAAGAAUGUUGGUGUCGGUAAAUGGGAACAGAAUUCGUUCUUUCAGCGAUUGCAACAAGCACUCCCUAAAAAGGUUCUUAAAGGCCUCAGCUUAUCUAGCUCUUUCUCGAAGACGUUACCCGGAUCCAAACAGAGCAAGGAGCCGCUUUCGCAACCGGAUUUCUUUUUCCAUCUCGGAACGGGUGCUGGUUGGGCUCAUGUGGAACUUGUUUUUGAGCAUACGCAAAGCCCCGUGCAAAAGGCCUCUGAAAAAUUCCUGCAGUGGUUGCGAAGUGCCUGGAACGUAUUCUAUCAUCAGCCCUUGCGCCACUAUCUCUACGGGGUUCUUUUCCUCAAGUCGUACGCCUUGAUUACCUACGUUGAUCAUGGCUGUGCCGGGUACUCUGAGCCGCUGGAUUUUGUGAAGAAACCCGAACAUACUCAAUUCCUCGCGGAUUUUCUGGCGGAUUUCAUCGCGGACCCUGAACACCGUGGACGAGAUCCCCAUGUUACGGCUCACCAACAAGACGGCUCGAUAUUCAUUGAGUAUGCGGGAAUAAAGUGGGCUGAAGUGCCCGAUAGCUUGCUAUGCUACCGUCCCUGCGUUUUUGGGAGACAUCUUAGGGUCACGCGAGUGCAUCCUGCGGACUCCCCGAACGAUAAGUGGGUUAUGAAGGAUGCCUGGGAAGAGAAGGUUGAACACCCAUCGCCGCCGCCGGAAGAAGAGGUCAUCAGCAUCCUUGUCGAGGCAAACGUACGAGGCAUUCCACAGCUCCAUGAAUCGUGCCGUUCGACUACAGAAGGCAGUGACAAUGUGGAGGCGUCAGGCGACAAUAUGGAGGUGUUGACCAGCGAGUUCCCUCCGAAUUGUGAAAACGCACUCGCGGCAGUAACUAAACAAGCCAUGAGGGCGGUCGAACCCAGCUUCGUAUCUGGGCGCACUUCAAAAUCCCGUUCCUUCAUCGUACCUACAGACACGACAGGCCGAGAACUUCUUCAGCAAGCCAAAGGGAAGAGAAAACGUUUUAGUGAAUGCACCGACGUGCGCAGACGACGUGCCCGCCUUAUCAUCUCGUAUUGCCAACCGUUGAAAGAGGCGAUGCGCAACGCUCGACCGAAAGAGCUCAUGCGAACAAUCCGCGACGCUAUGAUUGUUUAUUACGAGGCGUACAAACGUCCCGAGCAUGGCUUCCUUCAUGGUGAUAUUUCGAUUGAGAAUAUCAUGGUUCCGGUGAAAGAGACUCAACUUACUGGCGGCCUUACCCACAAGACACUGCGCGGUACUCUCAUUGACUGGAAUCUAUGCUUCACCACCGACGGGAGAGCAUCCAGCAGAAACAUUCGAAGUGGCACUGUUGCAUUCAUGGCGCCGCGUCUUCUUCUGGAUAAACCAGUUGCUCGAAGAACCUUGGGACAUGAUAUGGAGUCGUUCUUUGCUGUCAUGCUUUGGGUCGCAUCACUCGACUAUGACGAUGAAAUCGCCUUUCAAAAUAAGCCUCUAGUUGAGCUUAUGAUCGAUACUAAGUCCCCUACCAAACUUAUUGCAGGUACUAAAUUGCUUUUGUUCAGUAAUCCAGAUACUUUCGACGAGUCGAUAAUUGAUCACUUGGAAGAGCCAUAUCGCGAAGAUGACGACUUUAUCGAUUGCAUAUGGGACCUUCAGACCAUCUUAUACGAGCGGACUUACGACAAAAAUGUAUUGAGGCAUAAUAGAAAGAGGCAUAAGACAAGGAGGCCAACGAAUCCCAAGAAGAAGGAUGAUGAUGAUGACCCAAUGGAGGAGCGCUUUAAUCCAGAUACUUUCGACGAGUCGAUAAUUGAUCACUUGGAAGAGCCAUAUCGCGAAGAUGACGACUUUAUCGAUUGCAUAUGGGACCUUCAGACCAUCUUAUACGAGCGGACUUACGACAAAAAUGUAUUGAGGCAUAAUAGAAAGAGGCAUAAGACAAGGAGGCCAACGAAUCCCAAGAAGAAGGAUGAUGAUGAUGACCCAAUGGAGGAGCGCUUGUUCAAAGACUGCAUGGCGGUUUUCGAUAAGUGCCUCGGCGACGAAGGGAAGCAAAGUGGCACCUACCAGUUGAACAAGAUCGAUGCCGGGGAAGACCCAGAAGAAUCGGAAGAGAGCUUUGAUACGGAUUCUGCGGUGGAAGACCCAUCAGAUAGUACGGAUUUGACGGAAAGCGAGUCCGAUGAUACAAACUAG